AGUAGUAGUAAUUAAAAUUGGAAGUAAGGAUAGCAUAUUUUUAUCCGGAACGGAAAAUGGAGACCUCUCUGCGAUACGGAGAAGAUUCCAAAGCUUUACGAAUCCAUGCGAAGCAAAAACUCCGAAUCGACUCCAACACCUACUUUCAGUUGCGCGGAGAGCUUGAUACAAGACUUGGACAACCAAGUUCGUCCAGUGCCCUCAUCAGACAUUUCUAUCCAAGUUUAUCAGCAACCCUUGGCGUAGGAGUGCGUUAUGAUAAGCGUGACAAGUUGCGUUACACUGUGAGUGCAAAGAAAACAUUUCCUGUCACUGUUGACGGCUUGCUCAAUUUUAAAAUCAAGGGUGGAUGUGAUGUUGACAAAGACUUUAAAGAGAGGAAGUCCAGAGGAGCCGCCGAGUUUUCAUGGAACGUGUUCAAUUUUCAGAAGGACCAAGAUGUUAGACUUAGGAUUGGCUACGAAGUAUUUGAUCAGGUUCCUUACCUGCAGAUUAGGGAGAAUAAUUGGACAGUAAAUGCAGAUUACAAAGGUAGAUGGAACGUGAGAUAUGACUUGUGAGAAGUGCAGAGAGCUUUUUCUGUAGACGUGUUCUGCUUGUCAUUUUUUUGUAGACGUGUUCUGUUUCUCACCCCAACCUUGAGCUCCGCCCUUAAAAAAGGGACCAUGCAUAAAUUUAUGUUUAGUCAUGCAUGCGAGUUACUUUGCAUGAGGAACUAAAGUGAUUCUGAUUGGUUGAAAAUGAAGUUCGCAUAUGAUUUAAUAAUUUUCUGUAUUAAAAUAAAAUUCUUCCCUGCGUAUGUAGGAUGAAUCCACAUGUAUGACUAACUUGUGUGCUGGAA